AUGAAAAUCAACCAUGUCUCGUCUCCUUCUCCUCAACCACGAAGCGGCGUGAGCAUGGCUCGAUCCCAGCCGAUUGCCAUCGCCAAGGGUGAUGCGGACUGGGGCCUCCAAGAGCUCGACAUGGAACGCGAAGAAUGCGAAAAGCGCUUCUACGAGAGCGCUACUUGGAGGAUGUACACUCGAAUUGUAGACCAUCGACUCAAUAGUCCUGACAGCCAAAGUCCUGCCCCUGUUCAUUACAACAACGGCAGUCCUAGUCCAUGCAGUGUGGGCAGCAGUGCCAGUCCUGUCCAGCUGGACUUGUCCGUCCUCAGGCGCGGUAUGCUCGUCCUAUGCCGUCGUUCGGACAACCCUUCAUGA